CGGGGCGGGGCGGGGCGGGGGUCUGGCCGCUGAAGGGCGGAACCCGGAACUCUGGCGUCCCUAGGCUCCGGCGCGUCUUAGCUGGAUGGAGAGACGGCCGCCUUGAGACCGCGGGACGCGAGCGAUGGGUCUAAUCUCAGAGCUGAAGCUCGCUAUGCCCUGGGGCCACAUUGCUGCCAAAGCCUGGGGCUCCCAUAAGAGCCCCCCAGUUCUCUGCCUUCACGGGUGGCUGGACAAUGCCAACUCCUUUGACAGACUCAUCCCUCUUCUCCCAAAAGACUUUUAUUACGUUGCCAUGGAUUUCGGGGGUCAUGGGCUGUCAUCCCAUUAUAGCCCAGGUUUCCCGUAUGACCACCAAAACUUUGUGAGUGAGGUCCGAAGGGUUGCAGCAGCCCUGAAAUGGAACCGUUUUUCCCUCCUGGGCCACAGUUUUGGUGGCACUGUGGGUGGAAUGUUUUCCUGUAUCUUCCCUGAGAUGGUGGAUAAACUUGUCUUGCUGGAAUCCUCGCCAUUUAUCCUGGAAACUAACGAACUGGAGAACAUGCUGAGCUACAAGCGGAAAGCCAUAGAGAACAUGCUGCAGGUGGAGGCCUCCAAGAAGCCCUCUCAAGUGGUCAGCCCAGAGGAGAUGCUGCAGGGGUUCCUGAAGAACAACAGUCAUGUGGGAGAAGAGUGUGGGAAACUCCUCCUGCAGAGAGGAACCACACAGGUGGCCACAGGUCUGUUUCUGAACAGAGAUCGGAGGAUCACUAGGCCAGAGUAUUACUUCAAUUUCAUCAGCAGGGAGCUGUUUGUGCAUUCCAUCAGGAAGCUGCAGGCCCGCGUCCUGUUCAUCAAAGCAACCCAAGGGUUUUACGACCUGAGGAGAGAGAAUGAUGCCAACACGGAGCUCGUGCUAUUCGUGACCAGCUCACUGAGAUCCACCCUGAAAGAGAGGUUCCAGUACGAGCAAGUCCCCGGCAACCACUACGUCCACAUGAACCAACCCCAGCACGUGGCUGGUAUCAUCAGCUCCUUUUUACAGAGCAAGGAGAGGAUCCCAGCCCACCUGUAGCCCUGGGCCAGGGGCUACAGACGCCUGCUCAGCCCCAGACUCCCAGCUCCCAAGCCCAGGCCAGGCGUGGUGGGGACAGGGCCCCCUGGUCCUGAAGACCAGCGUGGCCGGAAGAGAAUCCUGUGGCAGAGCUGGGGGGGGGGGGGACGGCGGGGGGGAUACAAGAUUCUGACGCUAACAUCUGUGACUUCAAGGGGGAGACGGUGUCUGGGUGUGGGAGUUACCUGUUUUGUGACUGGGUAGCAGGCAGAGGGAGGGGCUGGGAUAGGCCCACUGGCCUUUUGUAGCCUUCUCUUGCCGCCCAGCUGGAUGAAAAAUAAAAUGUUCUUGUAUUCUU